AUGGCCGCGGCGGCGGCCGCCGCCGCCGCCUCUGCCAGCCUGGCCUCCAGCUACGCGGCGGUGCAGUCCAGCCUGCGCAAGCAGUUUUACGGCGACCUGGUUGACCUGCGCGGCGCGCUGCUCAACACCAUGAACCUGGCGCCGCACCGCGCCGCCAGCCUGCACCCAAAGAUGAACCUCAUUGACUCGGCGCUCACCAUGCUCGAGGAAACCAAAGGGAGCGUGACCAGCGCAGAGAUGGCUCAGCUGAUGAACAUGAGCGCCAAGGUGGCGCGGGCGGUGGAGUCGUGGCGCUCACGCAAGCCGCCGGCGCGCGGCGGCGGCGCCGGCUCCGCGACAGCGGCGGCGGUGGCGGCGGCGCCCGGAGGCGCCGCCGCGGUCGGCGCCGCGCCCCGCGGCGCGGCCUCGCCGUUUGCCGCGGCGGAGCUUCAGGAGGCGGGCCGCGCGGCGCAGGUCAAGGCGGAGCCGCGGUCGGCGGCAGGCAGCGAGAGGGAGGAGGCCGGGGAGCUGCCCAGCGUGGGCAGCGUGGAUCGCUUUGACUGUCUGUCCAAGCUCGUUUCCGGCCCCCCCGGCGCGGCGCGCUUCGGCUCUGCCACGCUUCUGCCCGAGAUUGACUGGGAGGUUCCUGAGAUCAAGCCCAGCGGUAACCUGGACGCCCUGCUGCCCUCAGAGGCCUCUGAAGUGCUGAUGCAGCAGCAGCGCGCGGUGGCGCGCGCGGCGGCGCACAACGCUGCGCACGUCUCCAGCGCCGAAGCCUUCCUGGCACACAUCUCGGCCCAUGCGGACAACGCGUCGGGCGGCGGCCAGCACGCCGCGGGCCGCGGCGGCGGCGGCGGCGGCGCCCACGGCCCCUCGCCCACCGCCGGCGCGGCGCCGCAGGGCCCGCAGGCGGCCACCGUGGGGCCCCAGCCGCAGCAAUACCUCCGCGGCGGCGCGGCGGCGCUGCACGACCCUGGGUCGGGCGUGGGCGUCAGCGCGCCCAGUGUGCACGGCGCCCUCACCAGCCCGCGCUCCGCCGCCACCAGCACCGGCCCACGGCGCACGCCUUUCCAGCAGGCUGCGGCGCAUCAGGAGGCCAGCAGCAACGACAGCGGCGGCGGAGGAGGAGGAGGCAGCGCGGGCGGCGGCGGCGGCGUGUCGGGCGGCGGAAGCGCCGCCGCAGCCCUGUUCAAGAGCCCCUCGCCCGCGCCGCUGGCAAUGCAGCAGCAGCAGCACCACCACCACCACAGGCACCAGCAGCUCCAGGGCAGCCCCUUCGCGCACCACCAGUCGCCCUUUGCCAGCCUGACGUUGCCGCAGCAGGCGCAGCAGCACGCGCCGCACGGCCUCGACGCCGGCUUUGGCAGCCUGCUGCCGGCCACCUCUGGCGCGGGCUUUGGCUCCCAGCUGCUGUCGCGGCAGCAGCAGCAGCAGCUAUACCGCCAGCAGCAGCAGCAGUACCACGAUGCGUCGGCCAUGCAGGCCGGCGGCAGCAUGGGCUUUGGGUUUGGGAAUGCGGGCAGCCUUCCCCUGAGCCACGGUUCCCACGGCGCCGCCGCCUCCCACAUGAGCGCCCCCUCCGCGCUGGCGGGCAUGCAGCAGCUGGGGCUGGGCGAUGGCGGCAGCCUGCACGCGCAGCACCAGCAGCUGCCCCACCACUUCCAGCAGCAGCAGCAGCACGUAGGGCCCGGCAGCGGGCGCUCGUCGCCGCUGGACGCUGUGGCCGCUCAGCAGCAGCAGCAGCAGCUGUCGGGGCGGCUGAGCGUGAUGCAGCAGUUCCCGCACGCCGCGCUUCACGCGGGCACCGGCGGGCUGGCGCAGCUGCUGGGGGGCGGCGCCGGUGACGGCGCCAACCACGCGCACCUAGCUCAGCUGAUGGCGGCGCAGCACCUGCCGCCCCCGCAGCACGUUGACUUCCCGCCCAUGCCCCACCCGCACCCGCAGCAGCAGCAGCAGCUGUACCAGCAGCAGCAGCUGAACCACCAGCAGCUGCUGCAGCUGCAGCUGGCGGAGCAGCAGGGCGGCGGGCAGGGUGCGCUGUACGGCGGCCACGCCACGCUCUCGCCCCCCAGCCCCGGCCUCCAGCUGCCGGGCAACGUGGUGAGCAGCGGCGCCCAGUUCUCAGGCGGCCACCACCUGCGCUCCCACAGCCGCCACUCGGGGCCCUCCAUGCUGGGUGGCGGUGCCACCAGCGCCCGCCACCACCGCCGCACCAUCAGCCCCUUUGGCAGCGCCGGCGGUGGCAGCGGCGAGCAGGGCAUGGAGGUGAGCACAGGCAGCAUGGGCAGCCCCCACACCAAGCGCAAGCGGGCGUGA